ACUGGUGAAGGGAAGCGGCUAACAUCAGGAGCACAGCCAGAGUCAGCGCCGCAAUUUUCCAAUAUGUGCAAUUUCUUUCUCCGGCGCGGAUUAUAACUCCGGAGACCCGGGCCUCUAAUGGGGAGCAAAUACAUUAACUAGUGGACAGACUUCCAUUAACUGUUACUCUUUGCCGCCGGCCAGGUCACAGAGCUGCGCGACAAACACUGAGUGAGUUUAUCCACCGACACCGGGCAGGAAGAGGCGCACUAAACCGACUCUUUAGCGUGCAGAAGCGGUACUUUUUUUUCUUCUUCUUCUUCCCGUUGUGAUAGAGGGAGCGGAUCAGGUGACCUGAAAGGCUGCGCGUUAUCUUUCUCUGAAGAGCUUCAAGGAAGUCAGAGAGGAGAUGGGAGGGUAAGGACCGCAAGAAUUCAAUUUCAGCUCAAAAUUCAGCUGCACUUUGUUGAGUUCAACUACCAGCAGCACUACUAUUACUACUAUUAUUAUUACUACUACUACUACUACUAUUACUACUACUACUAUUAUUACUACUAUUACUUCACAGUGUGCUAGAUAUUCCUCAUUUAUAGUUCUCUGAUGAAGCAGUGCAUGAAGGGACGAAGAGACACUUGACGAACAUGGCUGCAAGAGCAUCAACUAGCCUGGACCACGAUGCUGUUUGCAGCUGGUGGGUUCAACCACAAAAUACAAGCAGCUCCCAGGCCGAGGGUUAACUUGUCACAGAUACUGCCUCGUCAAAUGACUCUGCCCUGACUCACGCAGGAGUCAGGCGCCGCGGGCCACAACAUGGGCAACUCUUCCAGAAAGGGAGAGGGAGAAGAAGAAGAGGAGGGAGAGAAGGAUGCUGAGGAGGCAGAAAUUACAGAGAAGAAGAAGGAAGAGGAGCCGGAGGUGGAACUUCCUUUGGGAGUGGAGGAGUUGCUGGAGAGCGGAGAUCCCGUCCUGGACCUGAGCUAUCGUAAAUUUAAGCGUUUACCCUCACGCGUUUGUGAACUGGAUCAUCUGGAGAAGCUUUAUGCUUGUGGAAACAGCCUGCGCACUCUGCCUGACGGCAUCUCCCAGCUGCACGGCCUGAGGGUGCUCGCCCUGGACUUCAACAAGAUGGAAGACAUUCCCCAGGCUGUCUUCCAGCUAACCAACCUCACUCGCCUCUACGUGGGCAGCAACCGACUGAUGACCCUCCCACCUGAGAUGAAGAACCUGCAGAGUCUGCGCUGUCUCUGGAUGGAGAGCAACUUUUUCAUGACAUUUCCACGGGAGCUGUACGACCUACCCAACCUCAAGUCCCUGCAGAUCGGUGACAACCGUCUGAAAACGCUGCCUUCUGACCUCUGGCGUAUGGAGUCUCUGAGGGGAUUGUGGCUCUACGGGAACCGCUUCGACACAUUCCCCAAAGUCCUGCUGCGCAUGGAGUCCUUGGAGAUCUUAGACCUGGACCGCAACAAAAUAUCAGAGAUUCCCAGCCUGAAGCGUCUCAAAGCCCUCCGCCUUUUCUCCUACGACCACAACCCAAUCAAGGAGCCUCCUAAAGUUGGAGAGGAGGUGCUAGUGGUCGGGGAAGGUGCUGCAGAGUUCUUGGAGGUGCGCGAGGCCAGAAAGGAAAGGCGACGAAAGGCCGCGGAGGAAGAGGCAGAGGAGCUGGCUCUGGCGGGAGAGGAGCCGGUGAUACAUGGCAUCUUGAAGAACAGCGGCUCCAGCUCGAAACAAGCUGCAAAUGAAUCCGCGGCGACCACAGAGGACGCGGACGUCAGAGAGGAAGAGCCACCGGUGAAGGAGGAUGAUGAGGAGGGAGGGUGCGGGGUCACAGAGUACGGCGGAGCCGAGCUUGAAUACGAUGAAGAGGGCGUCGAAUAUGAGACGGAGGAGCUGAUAUGUGAGGGAGAGGGCUUUGAGUACGAGGGAGAUGAGCUGGAGUACGAGAGGGCUCAGAUGGACUAUGAGUAUGAGGACAGGGAGGAGCUGAUUGACACCGGGAGACAAGACGAAGGGGCCUGAAAACAUCCAGAUGAAGUGCACGCAGGUGGACGUGGAUUAUUAUUUUUAAAGACACAGAAGGAGUGUGGGACUUUUCUUAGCUGUGCUGCUGAUUUAUAAUCUGCUAACUGUGAAAACAAAUGAGCCGGGCAUUACGUUGCUGUUAAACUAACACAGCACACGCAACAUCUCACUUCGCUGCAAAUGAUCCGAUAAGAGCAGGACUCAGGUGGACGUUGUGUGUGAGUGUACAUGUGUAUGGUGGUUGCAUUCUGAGUGUACUCAGGAGUUUUCCAUUAAAUAUUAACUCUGCUAAUGAA